CUGUGAUAUAAGUUACACUCUUUUCGUUUUACAGAUUCUUGCAGUUCGGCUAUUCUCAUAAUCCCCAUACCUGUACUCGUCGCAGCAUCAAUCGGACGAUACUAGUCCGAGAAGGACCAAAGUCGAUGAUUUAAAGAGCAAUACAAUGCCAUAAAUGCUGGGCGACUUCUUAUCCAUAUUUGAAACAUGGAGUCGAUUUACUCGUUUCUCACCACCCGUGCGUUGUACCUUAGAAAAGGCCAUGGUGAUCAAAAUCGAGUCAUCGUGGCUCUAGCUGGCCCUCCCGGGUCUGGAAAGUCCACAAUCGCAGCAGAAGUUGUUUCGCGUCUCAACAGACCGGGCUCACUGCCCAUUGCAGUGGUGCUGCCAAUGGAUGGUUUCCACCUCUCACGCGCUACCCUCGACACAAUGCCCAAUAGGGCUGAAGCUUACGCUCGCCGAGGUGCCCCGUGGACAUUUGACGCAGCUGGUGUAGUGCGGCUCGUGGAAGAACUGUCAGAAUCAAGAUUUGGGGCGCAUAAGAAGACUAUAAUAGCGCCUAGUUUUGACCACGCAAUCAAAGAUCCUGUUCAAGGGGGCAUCACUUUGGGCCAAGAGAUUCAGUUUGUACUUCUCGAAGGUAAUUAUCUGCUGCUGGAUGAGGAGCCAUGGAAUAAAAUAAGGGAGCUGGUUGAUGAAACAUGGUUCGUGGACGUGGACCCAGCCCUGGCGGCGGAGAGAAUUGCUAAAAGGCAUAUUCAAAGCGGUAUUGAGCUGAGUUGGAACGGGGCAUUGAGCAGAGCAAGGGAUAACGAUUUGCUUAAUGGCGAUCAAAUUAGAGACAAGCUAUUGACUCCUGAUGUAAAGAUAGAGAGUAUAGAUAGUAAAAAAUGACAAUCCGCGCUUCGACAGCCCUUUCACUUUCAGAAGGGCCCGGUGUGCGAGAGUCUGGUGUCUAUAUUUGCGGGC